AUGGCACAACAACAUCGAGAGAAUAUUUUGUAAGUUUGAUUUAAACUGAAAAUUAAUAUAAUAUCGAGAGUUUUGUUUAUGUAAUUCAUUUCUAUAUUUUCAGGAGAAAUCAAUUCAUUUCCGAUCUCGAGAAUGACGAACUCAAUCGCCAGCUUUGCGCCGUUGCUACAGAUGAAAUGUUCGAGUCCUGGUCGCCAGAGACGCAAGAGCAAAUUCUGUCUGAAUGGGAUGACUGGCAAGAAGAAUCGGAGAAGUCUGGGUUAUGUUGUAAUGAUUGUGGUCGCGUAUUUACGCGUUCGGACAACCUCAACCGGCAUAUGAAAACUCACAGUGACAAAAACCACGAGUGUUCGCGUUGUUAUAAAACGUUUAAUCGGAAGGUACGUAAUUUACAGGGAUAUAUCUCAAAACUUAGAAAAGUAUUUUGAGUUAAUAGUAUUUAUAUGAUUUCAAGGAUGCUUUAAACCGACAUAUGAAAACUCACAGUCACAAAGACCACGAGUGUUCGCGUUGCCACAAAAAGUUUAAUCGAAAGGUACGUAAUUUACAGGGAUAUAUUUCAAAUCGUAGUAAGGUAUUUCGAGUUAAUAAUAUCUAUUUAUAUGAUUUCAAGGAUGCUUUGAACCGACAUAUGAAAACUCACAGUCACAAAGACCACGAGUGUUCGCGUUGCCACAAAAAGUUUAAUCGAAAGGUACGUAAUUUACAGGGAUAUAUUUCAAAUCGUAGUAAGGUAUUUCGAGUUAAUAAUAUCUAUUUAUAUUAAUUCAAGGAUGAUUUGAGCCGCCACAUGAAAAUGCACGAGCGCCGUGGCGCGGAACGGGAAUAUACUUGUAAUGUAUGUGGUGAAGUAUUCCGAAAUAUAUUUCCAUUCCAAGCCCAUCAACGCGAAGUCCACCAAGUUGGCCGUGGGAAACGUACCAAGACGCCGAUCGGGCGAACAAAAAGGCAAAGAACUGAUGAGCCAGGUAUGUAUAGAUGAAAAUAUUUUGAUUACUAACUUUGUAUUUAUACAGAUAUUUUUUCUCUUUUAAGAAUCGCCAUCAUCUUCGACACGCGUUAACGAAGGUGAGAGAGUAUAUUCUGUGUAAUAAUUUGAGUUAAAAUCACACUAAUACAUUUUAUUCUCCUUUUCAGGGGCGUCUACGUCUACAGUCGUCAACGAAGGUAUGAAAUUCAAUUUUUAUACCGUAUAUAGUAUAUUGAAUGUGGUGAUUUGCUGUGUAUAUUGAUAAUGUUAAUUACUCGGUUUUAAAACUUUGCCAGGCGAAAGACUUUGAGAUCCUAACGUUUACAUUUGAAAAAUAUUUUAAUGCUGUUUUCAUGUGUUUCACUGAUGUUUGUGUUUUGAAAACCUGAUAAAAAUAAUCAAGUAAUUUUUAAGCGUGGGUUUAUAGUGUGGAGUGUUCCCAGCCUAGACCUAGGCCUUCUAGUCCUAUUUAUAUUUUUUAGUAUUCAGCGGUUUUUCACAUGAAAAGACUGGGACUAGGUUAUUUUGGGGGCGGGCGGAGGAAGCAAGCCUAGAAGGCCUAGUUGAUUUCCCAACAACAAGGCCAAAACUGCCCUGAAACUGCCCUGGUUGCGAAAUGCCCAAUUAUUGCGUUCUCAAACAGAAUUAUUUGCAACUUAACGGCGAAUUUAAACCGAUACAGGUAAAAUAAACUCAUUUAUAGUAUAAACUUACCGUUUUUAUUUGUAUACACGUCUAGAAAAUCGGUUUUUUAUCAUAAAGUUCGAAGCAACACCAUUAUUUAAUAUGUUGACAAGGUGUAGCGAAAGAACAAAAUGAGUCAAAAUAUAUACCAAAACUCAAAAGUAGAAUCUUUCAUGAAAUUUUGUCUUAUACACAAGUACAUUAAUAUAUAUUUUGUCAAUUUUGGCAAGAAGCAGUCUUGUGUUUGUAAAAUAUACAAAAUAAAACGGAUACAUAUAUUAUUAGCCCGUACCGUACUGUAUAUAAAAACGUACAUUGUUUAUACAAAUGGUAUAUCUGUAAUAUUUGAACAAUAAUUUCAAAAUCCUCAUUCCCAAUUCGCAAAUAUAGUUAUUCAAAGCAAAACAGUAGAUUGUCUUGCGAAUAAAAGAAUUAUUUUGUACUUUCGCUUCACCUUGUCAACUUGUCAACAUAAUUCCGUUUUAUGCAUUUUAAAAAAAUGUAAAUCAUUGAACGGAUGCAAGAAAAUAAACAUUAGACCCGGUAACAGAGGUGCCAAAGUUGCAUUUGGAAGAUGGCUAACUAACUAUAAUUGGACUAACCUGUAUCGUACUGCACCGUGCGAACAAAAACUGGAAAUUUUUCAGGAUGUUAUUCAUACCGGCUUUGACCACUUCCUUCCAUGUAAAGUAGUUAAAAUGCGCGACCGAGAUAAGCCUUGGAUAACACCUUCAUACAAGGAACUUAUUAAAAGCAGACAGAAGGCAUUUUUUCAGAAAAAUGACAAAUUGUACCGGCGACUACGUAAUCGUGCCAAUCGAGAAAGUAAGUACCUUAAAUCUGCAUUCUUAGAAUAUAAAUUGAAACAAUUGAAACGUAACCCUGAUCCUAAGAAAUGGUGGGACACCGUAAAACAAAUAGCUGGCUACCCUAAGAAGAAAUCUUUUUCAAGUAUUGUCCUAGGAGAGCAAGUCGUCUCUGGAAAGCAACUUGCUGAAAAAAUUAACGAGGCUUUCGUAUCCGUUACUCGAGAUAUUCCUCCCCUUAGUCCUAUCCCUUUCCCCGAUAGCCAAUUACAAAGCGAUUGUACUACAAUUCCAACCGAGUACAUUAUUAGGGAAGAAGACAUUUAUUAUAAAUUAUCUUCAAUAUUAUCCUCGAAAGCGGCUGGUCUAGAUGAAAUACCGAAUUGGGUCCUAAAAGAUUAUGCGCCCCUGCUGUCUUCCCCUGUUACUUCAAUCUUCAACGCCUCCCUUCAACAGGCGUCUGUUCCCGCGGUAUGGAAAAAAGCCGACGUCAUCCCUGUACCUAAAAAUAAGGUGCUGAGGGACAUUACUAAAGACUUGCGUCCCAUCUCGCUUACUGCCACUUUGUCAAAAACGUGUGAACGUUUUGUCGCAGACUGGCUGAUGAAGUUGAUUGGUGAGAAGAUCGAUAAACGGCAAUUUGGAUCUCUAAAAAAUUCUUCAACAACACAUGCAUUAUUGAGCCUUCUCCAUCACUUAUUAAACGAAACUGAUGUGCCGAAAAACGCUGUGAGAAUUUUUUUAUUAGACUUCUCCAAAGCUUUUGAUCAUAUCGAUCAUAACAUCCUCCUCAGUAAAUUAUCUGAUAUGGACGUUCCAUCAUUAAUAACAAACUAGAUAAGAAGUUUUCUUACUCAACGAAGCCAACGGGUCAGAAUGCCCCAUUGUGUGUCAGAAUGGCAAAUCCUCAACGGUGGAGUACCCCAGGGAACUGUUUUAGGCCCAAUCCUCUUCCUAAUCAUGAUAAACGACCUCCUCGCUGAUUGGAAAGACCGAUGGAAAUACGUUGACGACACCACCACUACCGAAACCAUUGGCCCAGAUUGUAACAGCAACCUUCAAGAACUGGUUAAUUACAUCAAUAAUUGGACUACGAGUAAUAAUAUGAAAUUAAACAUUGGAAAAUGCAAAGAACUGGUUAUUGAUUUUGCAAAAAAGAAGCAUUGCUUACCCCCUUUAACAGUCGAUAAAGUUAAUAUUGAACGAGAGAAAUCUGCCCGUAUCCUUGGCCUCACAGUCCAAGAUAACAUGAAGUGGAAUGAACAUAUAAAUAACAUAGUUAAAAAAGCUAGCAAGAGGCUCUAUAUUCUAAGACUGCUAAAAAGGUCCAACGCGUGUAUUGACACGUUAAUUACUGUAUAUACUACCAUUAUUAGGCCUGUUUUAGAGUACGCAUGCCAGGUCUGGCAUUACAAUAUCCAACAAUAUUUAUGUGACGAUAUUGAAAAAAUACCAAAACGCGCGUUGAGAAUAAUCCUCCCAUCGCAAAAGUACGACGAAGCGCUGAUCACGACUAACAUCACGUCACUGAGAGAUCGACGAGAAAAAUUAUGCGAACAUUUCUUUGAGAAGAAUAUUGACAAUGAAAAUCUCAAAGAUCUUUUACCACAAACAGUUUUAUCUGGAUAUGAUCUAAGACCGAUAUGUAAAUAUCAUAAUUAUGUUUGCAGAACCGAACGUUUUAAGAAUUCGUUUUUACCUCAAAGUAUAUUAAAGAUUAACAGUAAAUAAGUUUUUAGAAAUGUAAAUAAUCUUAAAUAUGUAAUUAUUAUGUAAUUUUAACUUAUCCUCUUAAUUUAUGUAAUACUGGUGUAAUUUAACCUUUUUGGGUUACAAAGUCAGUAGUUAUUAAAUCAAUUCAAAUUCAAUUCAACAUAAAAAUAGUUUUGCUUCAAACUUUAUGAUAAAAAACCCGAUUUUCUAGACGUGUAUACAAAUAAAAAUAGUAAGUUUAUACUAUAAAUGAGUUUAUUUUACCUGUAUCGGUUUAAAUUCGCUGUUAAGUUGCAAAUAAUUCUGUUUGAGAACGCAACAAUUGGGCAUUUCGCAAUCAGGGCAGUUUCAGGGCAGUUUUGGCCUUGUUGUUGGGAAAUCCACUAGGCCUUCUAUAUUUUCGCUUGCGUCAGGCUUGUGUCCUUCCUCCGCCCCGCCCCCAAAUUACCUAGUCCCAGUCUUUUCAUGUGAAAAAGCGCUGAAUAUUAAAAAAAUAUAAAUAAAAAUAGAAGGCCUAGGUCUAGGCUGGAGUGUUCCUAAUUAUUCGUGUUAGACUUAUGUUCAUUUGAUUUAGAACUAUUAAUUUAUGUCAUUGUACGAGUAUUUACGCUACAUCUGUUUUGUAACAUUCGCUAGCGUUUUAUAGUGAGGUAAAAGUAAUUUUCAUAGCGUGGGUUUAUCAUGUUGCUAUGUGAAAUUUGCAUGUCCCCAAUUUAUUCAUGUUAGACUUAUGUCAUUUUUUAUGAAUCGGGUGUUUGUAUGACAAAAUUAGUGCGAAGUUCUAAUUGAAUUGACACGAGCGAACAUGCGAAGCAACUAUACGUCAUGUUUUCCCUGGCGGUGCCUACAAAGUUCCACAAACCAUCUUCGACUUGUUGGCCGAUGAAGGUAUCGAAAUCCCUGAAGACCUCAAGUACUUCCCUUAUCGUGCCACCUUUGACUUUGAGUGUUAUUUCAAACGUGAAGCCGAACAUCCGCGAAAUACAGCAAAGUUAAUGUGGGAAGCCGAACAUAUCCCCUUGAGUGUCUCUGUUUGCUCCAACGUCCCUGGUUAUGAUCAACCCAAAUGCUUCGUCUCGUCUGGCAGUACAAGUGAAAUGAUCCAACAGUUCGUGGAAUAUUUGGUUGAGGUCAGCCAAGAAAGCUAUGGAUUGUUGCUGGACCAAUUCUCUGACGUUUUUCGUCAAAUUGAUGAACGGGUUAAUGAGGUAUAUUUCACACGUAUUAGAUUCUUAGUGUAUUUCUUAUCCUUAAUAUUUUUUCUUAUAUCUUUAGGUGGGGGAAAACGAGGUUAUGGAAGUUGCCGCGGGGGAGGAUAAUGAGGUAAAUUAUAGGAAGGUUAUUUUUGCACUUAUAUUCUUUAUAUUCUAAUAUAUCUUAUGUUUUAGCAAAAUACAGAGGAACAGAUGAUAGAGGAUAUGGUGGGAUGUUUGAUGGGGUUGAAUAGUGAGGUAAAUAACAUAAGGUUUGAGCUCAACAGUGGUCUUUCCUGUGCUUACCAUAUGUGCACCUUUUUAGGCGAGUGAAGAUGUGUGUGGGGUAGAUGAAGACGAAGUGGAUAAAGCUAAAGACGUUGAAGAGAAAGUGAGUAUCACACUCAUGAUCCAUUUUAGCGGUUAUAUAGAUUAGUAGGGAUGUGUAAGUAUCUUGCUUUUUACUUAUGACACCUUUUCAUUUAUUUAGGAUGUGGUCCAUCCUCUGCUCAAACUCCAGGAUAAGUUAUCAGAAUACUUACAAGAGUUACCAAUUCUUGGAUUCAACUCUGGUAAAUAUGAUAUUAACGCUGCGAAAAACCCCUUCUUUUCACAUCUCGUCAAGCACGAACAAGUUAAGUUUGUGAUAAAGAGGAACAAUAACCACAUGUGUCUUAAGACUCAGCACUUAAAAUUCCUCGAUAUCACAAACUAUCUGGCUCCGGGAUUUAGUUACGAACAGUUCCUCAAAGCGUACGAGUGCUCCCAAACCAAAGGCUACUUCCCGUACGAGUGGGUCGACUCCCUCGACAAACUCAAUCAUUGCUCCUUACCACCACGCGAAACCUUCCAUUCCACUCUAUCCGGAACCGACAUCACCGAUGAACAGUAUGAGUAUUGCCAGGGUGUAUGGGACGAACAGAAUAUGACAACUUUCCGCGACUUUCUCGUGUGGUAUAACAACCUUGACGUAGUCCCCUUCCUUGAAGCAAUUGAUAGAAUGAGUAAUUUCUGGCAAGCAAGGAACAUUGAUAUGUUUAAGGACGGUGUGAGUGUGCCUGGCUUGACUAUGAAAUAUUUAUUUUCAAACAUUCCAGGCACCUACUUCUCCUUGUUCAGCGAGAAGGACAAGGAUAUGUAUUAUUCAAUGAAGGAUAAUAACGUAGAGGGCCCCAGCAUUAUCUUUAACAGAUACCACGAGAAAGAGAAAUCAUCCAUACGGAAGGAAGAAAUGCGAGCCAGAAGAAAAGAAUCGAAACCCUGCAAGAAUGUAGUUGGUUACGAUGCCAAUGCGCUCUACUUGUGGGCCAUCAUGCAAGACAUGCAAACGGGGCAGUACACAAGACG